CUCUUGGCGGCCAGUGAAGUUUGUUUUGAAUGUCUGGGCGUGCAGGUGGUACUUGGCUGGUACUCUCGCCCUGGUACUCGUCCCGGUACUUCCGCUGAAGGCCGGUACACGUCCUGGUACGACGGUACACGUCUUGGUACGACGGUACACGUGUGAAGAGGGCUGAUCUCAUCAUGGAAAGAAGACGAAGCAACAGCACGAAGGGAGCAGCACAGCCUGCCGAACAUUUGGAGGAGGAAGAUGGUCAUGAUGAACUACUUGGCUCUCGUUUAGAAAUAGAGUUGAAUCGCAGUAUUGAAAAAAUGAGAGAAGAGGAGAAAGCCUUCCCAGGUUGUCACGGUCGUUCAGAGGACUUUGUCAACAGCUAUAAUAAUGGGAGUGUUACAAGUGGCUCACAGAAUGAUGCUGAGGAACUGUUAGAAGAUAUCGAGAUGCCAACUAUGAAUCUUAGCCAAUGGGAAAAUUCAGACCUCAUAUCUGUAUCGUCUGUAUCUCCCAUUAGUCCUAUUAAGGCCCGGGGUUCUAGUAAGAUUGAAAUUUCAAGCAGUUCUUCGUUUGUAGCAGCUGAGAAUACGAUAAAUGUACGAGAAGAAGUCUCGGACAAACACAUGACUAGACAAACUGUACAGCAAAUAGCCUCAUCCCCAGACAUGACUGAAGAAAAAAUUCCAAGAGAAAUGAAUGUAUAUGAAAAAUUGGCUUUCCUAAGUGCUCCUUCAGCUGCCUGUGUCAAGACCUUGGUGUCUAUUGAUGAGGCAAAUACAGACAAGAACGUUUUACAAAAUAAAUCAUAUUCAUGUGAUGCCUCACGGAAGGAGUCGAGCGAGAGUGAGUUAGACCUGGGAGAUGAAGCUGCCAACACCACGCCACAAGCCUCCUUGCCUGAUCUUCAGGUGACACUAGGAACUGGCCUUGAGUUACUGGAUAUUGAGAAUAUGAAUGAUAGCCUACUUAUUUCAUCAUUCCUGGAAAGGUUUUCUAACAAGGUCAAGAAUACUGGAAUAAUCCCCGUUGCUCCAUCUCAAAUACUGGAAACAGAGAGUGAUCCUGUGAAAGUGAAGACUGCAGUAGAGGAUGAUGAAUCAUUCUCAAGUGUAUUUUUUUCCGAUGCUUUUGACAUUGUGACAGAAUUGGAGACGAGAGCUGCCAGUAUGCCAUCACCAGACCGCAGGGCAACACUGCAUCCAUUAGAUAUGGAUGCUAUAAAUGACAGUCUUCUUAAUUCUUUUUCCUUGGCGAAUUCUCCAGCCCAGAAAGAACUUCACGGUGCAUUUAUCUCGUCACUUCCUUCUAUAAUGGAAAAGUUCGGAAAGAAAACCGAAAUAACUAGUGAUGAAACUGUCAAACCAAAUAACUGCAGCUUUGAUGGUCUAGUGAAGGUUCUGAAGGACACUCUGAGAAAAGAGUGUAUUCUCUCGGUGAAACCUAAAAUUAAAGUUAAAAAUAAUUUAGAAGAUACAUUUAGUAUUAAUGAAAAAAACAAGGGCAUGAAUUUAACGUUUGAUCACCAAAAUAUUCGGCCUAUACUAAACUCAACUUUUGAAAAGCAAUUAGAAGAUCCAGCCUCAGUUCCAUCUGACAGAAAGGAUGCCAAUGCAACAUUUGUUCAAAAUAGUCAGGGCAUCAAUAGAACUUUUGAGUGUGAAAGUUCAGAAGAUACAAAUCCUAGCAAAUUUCUUAAUGUAACAUUUGAAAAGAAAGAUCAGGCUGCAGCAUGUGAGAAUGAUAAUCUUGAGAGUGAUGGCAAAGAAAAGGACAAAUUGAACGUAACUUUUGAGCGAGGUGAAUAUAAAAUUGCUUCUAUGAAUGAAACUGUCAACUUAAUGGAUGCUGAAACAGAUGUUCUUCAGAUAAUCUUGGAUGCAACACCACAUAAGGUGUCCAAGAGGGCUCCUGAUGCUGCCUCCACUCCCAAGUCUUCAAAUACACCAUCAUACCCAGCUGCUAAGAGGAUGAUAACCAAAGAUCCUACCCAGACUUUCCUACGUAGAAUCUCUCUUGGAAUGAGAAGGGAUAUUACAAGCAAGAAAUGUGAGGACGACUCCCAGCAUUCAUCCCAAACUAUAAAUACACUGCCUGUUAUUCCAGGAUUGAAAAUGGGCUCGAUGGACCAACAAGCAGUGGCUAACCAACUACGCCGUCUCCACAGUGGAAUGUCCUCUUUACGAUCAGGACCAGUGAGGGCUCUACCAGGUCUUUCUUUAACAAUGGCUCACAAAUUAAAAGAUUCUGGUAAUACACAUGAGGGUUUGGAAGAUGGUGGCGGUGGAAGUGAGAACCACGUGGUGGGAGUUAAUGAUGGUGGCAGCUUUAUCCGCAGAGAAGGACCUGCGCCAGCCUCGUUUGGAUCUGUCAGUAGUAUAGAAAGUGAGCGUCCAGGCACUCCAGACCUAGGCAUAAUCACCGGUAUUGGCAUGUCAACACCAGAAGUCUUCCGACGUGAGGGACCCAGCAGUGGUCCUCGCAUCACCAGUACACCAGCAAUGGGAGGUGCAGUAUUUCCGUGUGUUUUAGGGAUAGAAGGACCAGCACCCACACCCAUAUCUGCCCCUUCCUCCCGGUUGCGUUCCAACACUGUUGUUAGCACAGCUUCAUUACCUGAAGGCCACAAUGGUGGUACCCCGUCGUGGCAAGGAUUAUCCCAAGAUUCUAGUAAAGAUAGUAAAACUACUGCAAAAUUGCCUGGCGAGAGCACUUCCAGUAGUUCCAAGCAGUGUCCCUCAAGUGAAACACAUUCACAAGAGAAUCUUGGCUCUGAUAAAUCUAAAGAACAAGAAGGGGUGCAUUUUGACAAUUCUGUUCAAAAUAUACCAAAUGAAGAAGCCAAAAAUAUGCUGCCAGAAACGAGUGACAAUGACAAAGCUGAAUCACAUAUUCAGUCUACAAACGUUAGUGGAAAUCUAAAAUUGACUGCAGCAGAGUUGACUGUUGGUGGGAAAACUGAUGAUACUCAAAUGGAUAUUAAACCAGAUAAAGUACUAAGCAUCACUAAUGUUGAUCACCAUCAGGUGAAUGAUGCUGCUGCUGGCGAGAUGCCACUAGUGAAGAUAGGCAAUAACGAGGUUGUGCUCGUUGAGAGCAGCUUGGGUAGGAAUUCAGUAGUGGAUAUUGAUGCUACAGAGUCUCAGACGCUCAAAGAUACUGAUGCAGAAUAUCAGCAAGAUGAUAAUACAAGAAACUCGUGCAGGUCUAAAAAUAAAACUCCAGUGGGUAUAAAGCUUAGAAGUAAUGCAACAAACCCUCAUAAAUCAGCUGCAAAAAGGGGGAUUAUUUCAGAAAUUUCAAAACAAACAAAGGACUGUAAUAAUAGCAAAGAAAAACCAAAUUUAGCUCAUAGCAGGUCUUCCUUGCGAGUAAUACAGGAUAAAACCAAAUUUGCAAUAAACAAGACUCGGUCUCCUCAAGUUAUAGCACACAAUGUGUCAGCUGUAAGUGCUAAAGGUGCUCUAGAUAAAAAGAGGGAGAAUUCUUUAAAAUCUGAAAAAACAAAAAGUGUUGGUAUGUUACUGAAGAGAAAUGCUGCUGAAAGCAGACCAAUACGUGCAAAUAAAACCUUGAACAAGGAUGAUAAAGAAAACAAGAGAGAAAGUAUUGAUAGCUCAAGGCAAAGUACUUCUCAACUUAAGGCCGGAGCCCAUGCUUCUCGAGGACGUAAAGUUCCAUCACUCCGGCCCUUUCUUGGACAUUCAAAUAUUGCUGGUAAAAGAUCAUUGUCCAGUCAGCCAUCAGUUCUAAAGAAUAUUCCUAUUAAACCUAAUCCCAAACCCUUAAAAGCAGAAUCUCUGCAGUUUCCUAGACCAGUUGAGGCCAAGAAAUUCAAAUCCCCAUCACCUGAUUCUAAACCUUCACCCCCACUCUCGGCUGUAAAGGAGACCACGGUUGCUAAAGGUCUUCGGACACCCUCAACAGUGACAGCCAAGGGAAUUCCUAAAUCGAAGAUUGUGACAGGGAUAAAAAUACCAGUGGAUGUGAAUCACGGUUCACUUACGAACUCGUGUUCUGCAUUAAAACCUAAAAACCAGGGUUACUCUGCAGGUGAUUUCCAUGCCAAAAGUAAGCUACCAAGAAAUGCAAAUACCAAUUCAACAGCUCCUCGUAAACUUUCCAUGCUUAAAGUUCAAAAGAAUUGUGUUCUAUGAUUCAUCCAAGGUAAUUAUAUACUUUUGGUGUAUUAUAUUUUAAGUCAUGUCAAUUUAAAUUUUAUUGAAAUACGAUUUUAAAUAGUAAAGUACGAUAAUGUACACGGUAUACCGUUCCUUGAGUAUAUAUAAUAAUAAUAAUACGAUGUACAUACAUAUUUUGUCUUGCAGCAUUUAAAAUCUAACUGAUUGGUUACUGUUACUUGCUUUUCGUCAGAUCUUGCAAUGUGUUGAUAUUAUUGCUCCAUAUAUGGUUAUACAGUACUCGUAUGAGGUUCCUUAUAUUAUGCUAUACAGUACUUGUAUGAGGAUACUUCAUAUUUUACCAUAUGCUUCUUCACAUUAACAUUUCAUCAUUAUUACUCCAUUUAAUUUCUUAGCUAACAUCACUGCCUGUGUAAAAAGUGAUUAAUUCAUUGUAUCGAUAUAGCGUAGUAAGGUUGUAUAUCGUGUCAAGUACAAUAUUAAUGUAAAUAACUUAAGGAAUGUUGUUCAGACUGAUGCCAAAUUGAAAUUGUUUUAUUUGAGGUGCUUAUGUAAGAAAGUAGUGUGCGCAUUAACCGUUUGAUAAAGCUGAAAUGUUUGAUGGAUAUAGCUGGAAAGAUGGUCUAAAUGCUUAAUUAACAAUAUUUUACACCAGAUUUUAUGUAUUGAAAUUUGUUAAUAAUGUAAAUAAAAAAAUACAUUUAAA